AUGGAGCGACCCGCCGUCCCGUCCGCCCGAGGAAGGCAAAGAGGACAUACUGCGCGGGUCCUCUGGGCGCUCCUGCUCGCCCUCCUCGCCCCGCCGGCCGCCCUGGCGGUGGAAGUGGAGGACGCUGUCAGAGGGCUGGAAUUCUUCCAGGAGAGCUUCCCUUCAGGAAAGGAGGCUGGGGAGGAGUUACUGGAGUUUAACCAGGAGGAGAUCCUCCACGUGGAUUGGGCCCAGAAGCAGAACGUCUGGAGGCUGCCUGAGUUCACCCACUACGGUUAUCAGACACAGUGGGCCUUAGCUAACCUGGCCGUCCUGAAGGAGAGCCUGGAGAUCAUGAUGAAGCGAACCAACCAGACGCAGGCCCAGAACGCCCCGCCCCCGCACAACCUCCCCGCAGAGCAUUUCGUCUACCAGUGGGCGUCCGAGUGCCUCUACCACAACGGGACGGAGCGGGUGCGCUUCCUCGACCGCAUCGCCUUCGGCCGGCAGGAGUUCGUCCGCUUCGACAGCGACCGCGGGGAGUUCGAGGCCGUCACGACCCUCGGGGAGCCCUCCGCCCGAUACUGGAACAGCCAGAAGGACUUCCUGGAGCGCAUGCGGAGAGAACUAGAGCGCUUCUGCCGCAUUAACUAUGGCAUCUUCAAUCUUUUCGCCUCGGGGAGGAAGAUUCCGCCCAAGCUGAAGAUCGUCCCUUCGGAGAACUCCUUGGCUCCCAGCGUUUUGCUCAUUUGCACCGUGGACAGUUUUUUCCCCUCGAAGAUCAAAAUCACCUGGUUCCGAAACGGGAAGGAGGAAGACGAGGUCCGAGUGUUCACCACGGACCUGAUCCGGAACGGGGACUGGACCUUCCAGAUGGCGGUGAUGCUGGAGGCCCAGCCGGAGCGGGGAGACGUCUACGCCUGCCAGGUGGAGCACGCCAGCUUCCCGGAGCCCGUCACCGUCCGGUGGGAAGCCCAGUCGAAAUCUGCCCGGAGGAAGAUGUGGACGGGGGUCGUGGGCAUCGUGAUGGGGGUGGUCUUUGCAGCUGCCGGCAUCUCUUUCUACCUGAAGAGCAAGAAAGGUCAAGCCAUUCCUCAGCCUGCAGCUCUCAUGAGUUAGACAUCAUGGCUCUCUCUGGAUCUCAAACUGAGAAGAAUAAACCCCCUCCUCUCUCUGAUUUGCCACCACCACCAAUGGUUGUCUUUCCUCACUGAAAACUAGGAAAAGGGAGCUGGAAUAAACAGAGAAGGACCAUAACAGCUGGAGGGACAUCCAGAUUGUCUCCACCCCUCCUUCUUCAAAAGCACCAGCUCUUCCUUGUGUCUUACUAAUAGCAGCUCUGCAAAUUCAAGCCUGUGGGUUCCUUGAGGGAGUCAACCCAUCUCACAUUUGGUCUUCCUCUUCUCCUGCUGCUUCUCCUGUUUCCUUCCUACAAUGUCUUGCUGAUUACCAGUCACCAAGCUAAUUAGAAUGUUUUGUAGGACCCUUUCACAAAGUUUUCCUGAGCUGUACUUAUGAAACAAUAAACACUCUGUUCAUGUUGUAAAGUCA